AUGUUUUUGGCCCUCGGACUGGUCUCUGCACUCUUUCUUUUGACUCGUGCCGUCUACCGGCUCUGGUUCAGUCCGCUAGCCCACAUUCCCGGUCCAAAAAUCGCUGCCCUCACUUCGUGGUACUGCGCCUACCAUGAUCUCGUACGCGGCGGCCAGUACGUCUGGGUCGUCGAGGACUUGCACCGCAGGUACGGUCCCAUUGUUCGCAUCCGGCCAGACGUGCUGCACGUCAACGACCCAAGCUUCCUUGAUACGCUGUACCCGCAGUCGCCAAACGUGCGUCGCGAACGUGCCCAGACGGUCUUGAACUUGUUCCACGAGCAUCUGUCCGUCCUCCCCACGCGAGACCAUCACCUGCACCGCCAGCGCCGCGCGGUGCUGAGCCGCUUCUUCUCGCAGCAGAAUGUGCGCCGCCUGGUUCCUGUCAUCAACGACACGCUUGCGAAGCUGCUUGACCGCAUGCACGGAUGGGCCAGGGACGGCGAGCCUGUUUCUCUCAACGCGGCGUACAGAGCUGCUACCAAGGAUAUCAUUCAGGCCUAUGCUCUGGGAGACGGCGAGAGGUGCUUGGAUCUGCCCGACUGCAACGCGGCGUUCUUCAAGACACUUCAUGCUGAGCGCUUGACCCACGUUAGCGCUCACUUUCAUUGGUUUCCUGCGCUCAUGGCUAGGCUUCCAGUGAGCGUCAUCACAGCAUUGACCCCCCACAUCUCCGUCUUCAUCCAGUUCAUCGAGCAUCUAACCACCAAGAUCGAGCACAUCCGCCACACCGCAGACGACGAGUCCAGCACCACCAUCUUCCACGAGAUCCUCCGCAGCGACAUAUCCGCCGAGGAAAAAUCAACACCCCGCCUCGUCGACGAGGCAAUGGUCCUCGCCAUUGCCGGCGCAGACACGACAGCAUCCACCCUCGCAGCACUGACAUACCACAUCCUCGCCUCCCCACCAAUCUUCACCCGGCUGCGAGCAGAGCUAGACUCGGUGAUGCCUUCGCCAGACCACGCGCCGGACCCAAAAGCCCUCGACGCCCUGCCGUUCCUCAAUGCCCUCAUCGAAGAAGCGCUGCGUCUGUACCCGAGCGCAACGCACCGCCAAGAUCGACUCGCGCCAGACCAAGACCUGCUCUUCACCUACCCCGACGGCCGCACGCUCGCGAUCCCCGCGGGCACAAUGGUCGGCAUGACAGCGCCCCUGCUCAACCGCCACCCGGCCUGGCACGACGACCCCGACGCGUUUGUGCCGGAGCGCCACCUCCCUACCCCGCGGCGGCAGUGGCGCAACUUUGCCUUUUCGCGCGGCGCGCGUCAGUGCCUCGGUGUGAAUCUGGCGUACCAGGAGCUGCAGACGUUCACCGCGGGCGUGUUUCGCCGGUACGCUGUGUAUGAUGAGCGCGUCGAGCAGCGGGGUCCGACGCUGCAGCUUUUUCGCACGGGGGUCGAGGACGUCAGACUGCAUGCUGAUUAUGUUACGCCUGGGUUACGGCCUGGGAGUCGGGGCGUCAGGGUUGUGGUUCGCGAUCGAGGUGGCGUGCCGGAGCGCGAUCGAGGUGGAGUGCCGGAGCGCGAUUGA